AUGGCGACAUAUGACAGAAUGGGGAACCCGAGGGAACAUAUCUUAAACUACAAAACUUUCAUGGAGCUGCAAACCCUGUCGGAUGCCUUAAUGUGCAAGGUAUUCCCUACAACGCUCACAAGGCCAGCGAGGGCCUGGUUUAACAGUUUGGAUGCAAAAAGUAUCAAAAGCUUUGGCGACCUCGCCAACGUCUUCAUCAGCCGGUUCAUAGCAGGGGUCACCGCUGAAAGGAAAACCAGUUACCUGGAGACAGUUAGGCAGAGGAAGAACGAGUCCCUGAGGGAAUAUGUAGCCCGUUUCAACACGGAAGCCCUAAAGCCACCCACCUCCCUAGCAGAACUAAUGAAGAGAGCAGAGAAGUAUAUAAGGCAAGAUGACGCCUUGACAACCAGCAGGUUUACCAGGGAGGCUGCAGACAGAGGGAAAGCCCUAGAAGAGAGGAGGUCAGAGAGACCUGAGAGAAGGCAUAACAAAGGACCUGAGGCAUAUAGGCAGCCCUGGGACAGAAGGGAGCAGAGACCGUUCCCACCUCGGGUCCCUGAAACAAUAACACCGUUCAACGCCUCCAAAGCUAAAGUGCUCAUGGCGGUUCAAGACGAGGAGUUCCUCCAGUGGCCCAAGCCCAUGAAAGUAGAUGCAAGUCGGAGGGACCCUGACAAAUACUGCUAG